AUGGACGAGCUUACAGACGAAUUUCUAAAUGGACUGACUCCGGCCGAGAUCGCUCAAAUCGUUGAUCAACUAGACGAGUUGGAUCCUGACAACGCCCUUCUACCAGCUGGUUAUCGCCAAUCGAACCAGACGGAGAAGAAAGAGACGGGCGUUUUCGACCGAGAAGCGCUGCUUGAAUACCUCGAGGAGCACGCCCGAUCGAUCCCAGAUAAAGAGGAUUAUGUGCCCUACGUGCCCGGCCAAAAGCGCGGAAAAGUCUUUGAGAAGAAGGUUCAGAAGCAGACCUACAGCGCGCUCGAGCCUGAUAUCGAAGAUGCGCUCAAGGAUAUUGACGGCGCGGAUCUUUCGGAACUCGCAGAAAUCUUAGGCGAGGCUACUAUCCAAAGCGAUCAAUUUAUGGCCGAUAUCAACAGCCACGUCGAGCUCGGAGCAAAAGGCUAUUCAAUGGGAGAAGAUGCCGGGUUGAAGCGUAUUUACAGACCGGACUAUCGCGAUCCGAUUGUAAAGCCGGAAGAACCGGAGCUGAAUCCUGCUGAUGUUGAUGACGACUUGAGAAGAGUUCAGAAUCAGGACGAGACGAUGACCAUCAUCAACUGGAAUAAUCUAAGAGACACGCCGAUUACGACGAUUCAAGCGCUUUUCAGAGCACUUGAAUACAAUCGUUAUGUCCGAGAAGUCUCUAUUGCGAAUACGCGGGCAAAUGAUACAGUAGCAGAGACGAUUAUAAAAUGUAUGGAGGAAAACAAAACAAUCGAAAAGCUCAAUGUCGAGUCCAAUUUCAUUUCUGCCAAGCCGAUGCAAGAAUUAGUUCACCAAUCCUGCCAAAGCAAUUGCCUCACCGAACUUAGAAUAGACAACCAGCGUAACAAAUACGGCGAAACGACGGAGAAUCUGUUCUGCGACUCGUUACUAAACGGAGCCGGGAUGGUUAAAAAAUUCGGGUAUUCGUGGAAGAGCCCUGGACCUAGAUCACGUGCCCAGCAUAUUCUGAUGAAGAAUUUCGACAAAAAUUCCGAUAACUUUCAGUCUUACCUGGACGAGGAGGAUAAAGUUUUACACUCGUUAGUUGACAAUUGGCUUGGCUCUCCUUUCGACGAUAUAAAGCCGCUACAAGACGAUGACUGGGAAAAGAUUUCUCCCAUUCUCAGAGCGCGAUUUCGAACACUGGCAAAGCCUCAUAUUGAUCAAGUCACUUCUUGGGCAGAGAACGGACUCGACACAGUCCUCACUUCGAAUAAAGGCUGGCUCUACCGCAUCUUCGUGCGUAAACUCCACGAAAACCAAAGACGAAAGAUUAUUGAACCGCUGAGGCAUCGCUUCCAAGAUGUUUUGAAAACCAAAACUUUUAUUUGCAAGAAAUGUGGUGGUGCCUUUAUUCCGUCAGAGGAGCAACCCUGUCUCAGUCACGUGGCAGAAGAGCCUGUCAAGUCAAACAUGUUCUUAGAAAAUGUUUGGUACUACCCCUGUUGUCCAGAAAGGCUGUUUUUCGCCCGCUCGGGCCAGCCGAUCAGCGAUGUCAAACGUGCCUUAGGAGAGUGUCCCAAAAAUCAAAAACAGACGAGUCACAUUUCUGAAGAAUUCAAAAAUCUGACGUCGAUGACCUCUACGAUCGAUUUAGAAAAAGCCGCCGUGCUUAGCCAUUAUUCCAGAAAGCUUGCUCUUGAAGAUCCGGCCCGUUUAUCCGGAUUGGGCAGCAGCGCCCUUAUUCCCGCUUAUCAAAAUAAUCAUCAGAAUCAGAAUUAUCAUCAGCCAGUCCAACAACACAUCAAUGGUGCAUUGCUAACGAACUAUCAUCCCCAAAAUUGCGCAGCUUAUUACGACCCGUCAUACUCGCUUCCAUACAGACCUACGAUCAGCAGUAGCUAUUCGAUUCCGCAGGGCGGAAUGAUGACCAACGGCGAACCUGUUGCAUUUUCAGCUCCGCACUCAUUUCAUGCUCAGCCUCAUUCUUCUGCGCAGAUCCAGUUGAACAGCAAUUUUCAGAGUCAGUUAAACUUGAAUGGAGAUCAUCCCAGAAGUGUUGUCUCGAGGUUUCCUAAUCCAAAAGAUAAAUGGCGCUUUGGCGCAGCCGAUUGGGAAGAUUUUUUCGAAAACGAUUGCGGAGAAUGCGAUUUUUCCGACGAAGAGUCUUCCCGAAGAAGACGCAGUCGCUCGAAAAAGAACUCGAAAGGCAAACAAAAAAGCACGAAUUUCGGAAUUCGUUCCCGCGCAGAUCGCGUCCCAGAGCCACGUCUGGAAGACCUGGUGCCUCGUCCAAUUGACAAUCCUCCUGGCGAGUUUGAAAUUGGCUUUUGGAAGCCUACGAACUCUUGA